CUUUCAGCAACUCAACCAUCAUCAAUUUGAAGGACUAGUCUUCUUCAAUUCUUCAACUGUCCAACUAUGGAUUGAAUGAAUGAAUGUAGCUUCGCUCAGAGUUUGACAGUGUACUCUCUAAUGGCUCGUUCACUGCUCAUUCUCUACUCUCUCUCUCGUCGCCGUCUCUCUGAUUCUUUCAGAGGCUUAUUCUUCAUUCCCACUACCUUAGCUCUCUUCACUUCUCUGUCUAUCCUCUUCUACAUCUCUUCUACCUCCAAUCUCUUCCUUCACACCCACCAGUCCCGUUUCCAUUUCAAACAUUCAAUCGAUUCUUCCACUUCAUUCUCUCGACCCACCAUCUCAAUUAUCCAAGAUUCGCUUCCCAAACCCUCAAAAACUCCAUUUCUUGGGUCGCGAAAACAGGGCAUAAUCGAUGUUCGUGGUGGAUCUGAGAGUCAAUUGCCAGUGAAGAUCAAAAUUGGGUCAAAGGGAAACUAUGUGAAUAACAAAGGGGUGUUCCAUGACAGAGAUAUUUUUCUGGAAAACUAUAAGGAGAUGAAUAAAAGUUUCAAGAUAUAUGUUUAUCCUCAUAAGAAAAGCGAUCCCUUUGCACAUGUAUUCUUGCCAGUGGAUUUUGAACCUAGGGGUAACUAUGCCAGUGAAAGUUACUUUAGAAAGGUUCUCAUGAAAAGCCAUUUCAUUACUAUGGAUCCUUCCGAAGCAGAUCUCUUCUUCCUGCCAUUUUCAAUUGCAAGAUUGCGACAUGACCCAAGGGUAGGAGUUGAAGGUAUCCAGGAUUUUAUAAGAGAUUAUAUCUUCAACAUUAGUCAGAGGUACCCUUACUGGAACCGGACAGGUGGUGCUGACCAUUUUUAUGUUGCUUGUCAUUCCAUUGGACGAUCGGCAAUGGGGAAAGCAGAUGAAGUAAAAUUGAAUGCUAUUCAAGUUGUAUGCUCUUCAAGCUAUUUCCUAUAUGGGUAUGUUGCUCACAAGGAUGCAUCCUUACCACAAAUAUGGCCAAGACAAGGAGAACCUCCAGAUCUUGCUUCGUCAGUAAGUUCAAAUCUCAGGGAAAAGCUAGCCUUUUUUGCUGGGUCAAUCAACUCCCCUGUCCGUGAGAAUCUUCUUGAAACAUGGAAGAACGACUCUGAGAUCUUUGUCCACUUUGGUCGGCUCACAACGCCAUACGAUAAAGAGCUUCUUGGCAGCAAGUACUGCCUCCACGUCAAAGGGUUCGAGGUUAACACAGCUCGUAUUGGCGAUGCACUGUACUAUGGUUGUGUCCCCGUCAUCAUUGCCAACCACUACGAUCUCCCAUUUUCGGACAUAUUGAAUUGGGAAAGGUUCUCAAUCAUCGUUGCCACGUUGGACAUCCCGCUGCUGAAGGAAAUCCUCAAAGGGAUAAGCUUCGAUGAAUAUCUGAAGCUUCAGAGGAACGUGUUGGAGGUGCGAAAUCAUUUCCAAUGGCAUGUUUCCCCGGUUGACUACGAUGCUUUUUACAUGGUUAUGUAUGAGUUAUGGCUCCGGCGAAGUUUAAUUAGGGUUCCAUUUAGUGGUUUGCAGUUGCUAGGAAAAGAAAAAGGGUAAGUACAUACAAAUAGAGAUUUUAUUAGCAUGUUGGCUUAGCAUAACACCAUGCGCAUUGGCAUAGGUAUAAUGAUUCUUGAAGAAGCAUAUAAAUUUUUUUUCUUUGUAUUUGACCAUAUAAAGUUUCAUUUUUUGGGAA